CUCCUUGCAGCCUGGACUAUCAUACACUUUUCUUUAGGGAAUUCCAAGCCUGGUGCUGACUGGAGAUGCCACUGUGAGGAUCAUUUCAUUGGUCUGGGAUGAAUCGACAGAGCUUGGAGAAUGGCAAAUAAAUAUUAUUUUCCAUCCUUUCCCAAAAGAACCUCACUGGAAAUGUAUUUACCUCGAAGCAGAAUUUUGGAUUAAAACUGGAAUCAUGUUCAGUGUUCAGAUCAAUGGAUGGAGCUUCAAGAAAAGGUAUCUUCAUUAGGCAAAGAUAAACUUCACGGAAAUAAUGGAUUUCCUAAACUUUACUGAACAAAAUUAUACACUGGAACAAAAUGAUACAGAAUCAUUUAAAAAAGUAACUUCCAAGGUUCUAGUUUCUAUUACACUUUCUGUUCUAGCAGUGAUGACAACGGUUAUCAACUCUCUAGUGAUGACUGCAAUAAUUGUGACACGGAAACUCCAUCACCCUGCAAACUAUUUAAUAUGCUCUUUGGCAGUCACUGAUUUCCUUGUGGCCAUCCUUGUCAUGCCCUUCAGCAUUGUCUAUAUUGUCAAAGAAACCUGGAUCAUGGGUGGGGUGAUGUGUGAUAUUUGGCUUAGUGUUGACAUCACCUGCUGUACCUGUUCCAUCCUGCAUCUCUCGGCCAUUGCUUUAGAUCGCUACAGAGCAAUCACUGAUGCUGUGGAAUAUGCCAGGAAGCGAACACCUAAACAUGCUGGCUUUAUGAUUGCUAUUGUCUGGAUUAUUUCCAUCUUCAUUUCAAUGCCACCGUUGUUUUGGAGGCAUCAAGCAGCCAGCAAAGAUGAUGAAUGCAUCAUUAAGCAUGACCACAUUGCUUUCACCAUAUAUUCUACAUUUGGAGCAUUUUAUAUCCCACUGGCAUUAAUUCUGAUUCUUUACUACAAAAUAUACAAAGCAGCUAAGACGUUUCAUAGAAGGAGUACGAGUCGGGUUCUUAAAGAGGAGGCAAAUGGGCAAGACCUCUUGGAAGCAAAUGAGAAAAGCUGCCGGAUUUCUUCAACUGCAUCAUGUACAAAAGAUAAAAGGUCCAACCCUUUGGGAGAUUUGGACAGAAUUCGAUUGUCACUGAGAAGCCCUGAUUCAGAAUCUAAGAAUGAAAAAGGGUGGAAAAGGCAACGCAUUUCUACCACAAGAGAGCGGAAAGCAGCAACUACCCUCGGUUUGAUUUUGGGUGCUUUUGUGAUUUGCUGGCUGCCUUUCUUUGUAAAAGAGGUGGUUGUUAAUACCUGUGAAAGAUGUCAAAUUUCAGAAGAAAUGUCUAAUUUUUUGACAUGGUUGGGUUAUAUCAAUUCUCUCGUUAACCCACUGAUUUACACAAUCUUUAAUGAAGAUUUUAAGAAAGCAUUCCAGAAACUUAUUCAGUGCAGGAGCUCUCUCUGAAAAAAAGAGAGAGAAAGCUUUUAGUCAUUGGUUGAUUUAAAUCUGAUUUUGGUUUGGGUGGGGGGAGAAUUUGAAAAUCAAAUUCAUAGAUCUACCCUUGAUGGAACUUUGCCUAUUGCACUUGAGAAUUUACCAAAUCAAAGGGUAAAAUGAUGUUCCAGAAGGUUUUGUAGUUGUAUAUUACAUGUGCAUUCAUAGUCCUGAUUUUAUGCCAUAAUUUAGCACUACAACAGUAUUUGAAACAAAUAUAUAAUGUACAACAACUAAGCCUCAAGUCUUUCCAGAAAGCUUCCCAGAAAUUUAAAUCAAGCUGGAUUGAUUAAGUUCUGGUGCCAGAAAUUGGAUGAGAAUCUACACAUAUAAAACAAAUUCAGUUCAAUUAUUUGUGGAGUAGCUCUAAUUGUUUACAUAUUUAACUUAUAACAAUGUGCACUCUGUUUAAGAAAGAAGCCAAUUAUUAAAUACAGUAUCUGUUUUGUAUCAUUAAUAUAACAUAAUGAAUGUUCUUCACAUGUUAAAGUGUAUAUUGGGAAGAAAAGAAACUACAAAAGUUUAUUCAAAUGAGUAAAAGUGGUUAUAAUUAUUAGGUACACAGAGAAUUGUAUGGAUAUUUGUGAGAAUGGGAACAUUUAACUCUUCAGUGAGUACAAGAGCACACAUCUGGAAAUGCAAGGUGCACCACAAGGGGACAUGGUAAUCAUGUCUAGGACUAGGAUCUUAUUUAAAAUCAAGAAGAUACAGAAUUCUUUUUCAAUGUAACUGACAUAAAAUUACUCAGUAAUCUAAGGAUUGCUGUACUAUUUAAAACUCCUAUAUGAUUAAUUUAUUUUAUUUUUUAAUGGCGGAAUGACUGAAAUUAUAACUUAUGUAGAAAAUACGGAAAAUAAUAGUUUGGUUUUUUAAAAAAAGUAAUGGUUUGUCAAUAGCACUUCCUUGUGUGGUGGCACCAGGUAAAUAAAAGGUCACUUUCCUUAAGGAACUGUAUCCUUUAAAUAUAUUCCUCAGCCUAGUCUGGUUCAGAGGGAGAUUAUGGAACACCACUUGUUCACUUUAGAAUUUCACUGUUUUUCCCAAAGCCAGGCCAAUAGCCCUUUUAUCACAAGGCUCAAGCCAGUAAUAUCACCAGGGACACAUCAUGCUUUACCAAGGGCACUUUUCAUUUCAUCACAAAUGGUGCAGUAUUGUUUCCUCGGGCUUUGGUAGGCUUUCAGCUCUUAUUAAAAUAUAUGUAUCAGUAUUGUCUAUUCCUAUUACUACAUUUUCUUUAAGUUGGGCCUAUGACAUGGUACCAAAUGGAGUGAGUGUGUGUGUGUGUGUGUGUGUGUGUGUGUGUGUGUGU